AUGAUGAGGAGGGCGGAGAGGGCGAGAGCAACGAGGGAGCGUCACGUCAAGGUGGAGGGGGGGAAGAAGACUCGAGGAUUGAGUCCGACCUCGACCAACGACAGUAGUGGCCCCAGCGACGUCUCCAACAACCACGACGGAGGCGGCAGCGCGCCACUCAGCGGCGACUCUGGUGAUGAAAGCAGCGGCGGGAGCGAGCCCGUCAGCAGCACAUCUAGCCAAGACGGCAGCAACGACGACGGUGACGGCAGCGAGGCCGUCGGCCCCAGCAGCGAUGACGAUGGCGGCGGCGAGACAAGCGACCCCGGUGAGAACGAUGGUGACGGCAAUGAAGGCGGCGACCCUGAGACGCUCGAGGAGUUAAAGUACGACCCCGCCGACAGCCGCUACCCGUCAGGAACGGAAGGGAAGAAACUUCUUUGGAGAGCGUCGAGCGCCGGCCAGCUGCGCUAUGUGCUCCAGCCCGGCCGCACCCGGAAGCAGAUCCGGGAGUUGCGGAGCUCCGAGGAAGAGCCGAGCGAGGCGCCAGCCCCCGAGGAGGCGCUGUUAUCAACCGUCCUGGAGACCGAGAACGGUCCGGAGAUCGUUGCAGAAUAUAUCCGCGAAUCGCUGUUGGAGGAGCGCAUGCAAGACGAGCAAGCGCACCGGGAGCUGGAGCUGGCAUUCAUUGCAAACGAAAAGGACGACGGGUCUCCGCAACCACUCCUUGACCCAGAGCCAAGUAGUCCCUCGCCGAUCGGGCAGAAGCCUAACGAUGUAGAGGCUGCCCCGCUCACAUACAAAGAUGCGAUGGAUUCCAAGCCGAAACGAGAUGACGAGCCCACGGUGGACAAGCCAGUGAGGGAGGCACUCGGGUGCCUGAUGUGGGUGGUGCAUUCGAGGCCGGACAUCGCUCUGCCGUUGAACAAGAUCCAGAAGGUGGCUCACUCUCCCACCGACAGGAUAUGGCAGGCGCUUCUGAGGGUCAUGUCUUACCUCAACGCCACGCAGGACCUGAGCCUCACCUUUGUGUGGGGGUCAGGACUAGAUCUAGGAGCGUGGGUCGAUGCCAGCAACGCCGAUGACGUUUUUGACGGUCGUUUGACGACGGGACUAGCCGUAACCGUAGGUGGUAACACGGCGAACGGAACCACAAAGACCCAGCGUGUGCCGGCGCAGUCAUCCUCGGAGGCAGAGUAUCUAGCAGCCGGGGAGGGAGUGAAGGAGGCGUUGCAUUUGCGUGCGGUUCUGCCUUUCGUAGCGCCUGAGACGAGUGGGGCGAAGAUGAAGGUCCUUGAAGACAACAAAGGAUCUCUUGCCCUGGUGCAGAACCCCUUCAGCUCGGCGAGGAGCAAGCACAUCGACGUGCGGUACCACUUUAUCCGCUCUUCAAGUCGGGGAAGAUCACCGCAGAGUAUGUCCCGACGGAAGAGCAGCACGCCGACAUGCUGA